AUGUGCAACCUCUACCAAAACAUCUACCACCAGGCUAACUGCCUGGACCCCGAUGAACACUUCAUCCAUAUCUCCCUGCAAGGCGGGCUAACAGGGAGAUGCAAAGCGGGUCCACAUGAACGAUACGUUCCCAUCCCUGGACAGUGCAAAGAAUGCCAUCGCCGUGAUGACGAGCAAAAGCCACACUCAUCGAGCACGACAGAGCCAGAACUGGCUCCUUGGGUAGAAUACAGCGCCGAAUAUGAUGACGAAGACAUCUGCGAAUUCGCCGUCGCAUGGGAUCUGCCACUCGCUAUUGCCGGUGAACCGGACGUAGAAACAUUCCUGCUGGAGGCAGUCACUUUGACGAGGACCGAAUGCACCGUGAAGGCGAUGUCAUGCGAGCAGUACAUCCGAGAAGAAUACGGAGCGCUGGGCCUCGUGCUUCUGGAGAAUAUAUUCAGUGCGCUGUACAGCCCUGGUGGUUGCUACGUUGUUCUAACAUCUCCGGUAGAGGAUAGCACCGUGAAGAUAUACGUCUGCCCCUCCAUGAUCGACGUCUCUCUCUUCGGAGAAAUGUACUAUCUCCGGGAUCUAGUGCUCUGGCUUUGCCUGUCCUUCGUGACACCGCAGAUCGGAGACUUGGAUAUCGACUUCAAGCUCCUGGUUCUGCUGUCGGAUGUGAAAUGGAGCGUCGUGCACGACGGCGGCUUCCUGCUGAGAGGACCGUUCACGGCCCUGACUCCGAUCGAGCAGCUGGGGGAUGAGUAUGUUGUUUGGCAUUUCGAGGAGCACGAGCAUGUUGAGCAGUUUGACUCGGCGGAGCUGGAAGCCGUGCAGAUUCCGUGGUUGAAAACGCUUUCGAUGCGUCGGUUGCGGUCGAAGAAAGCGCUGCAGUUCAGAGGCGCUGUUGGAUCGCCGGCCUCUUUCAGCAUGCUCUGCGACUUGGGCCACACUCACUUCUUGCCGAGCCAUACUGAUCAUAAAGACGGGCAAUGGGGUCUUGAACAAUGGGCUAAAAUGACCCAUCUAGUCUACCGUAAAGAAUGUCACGUUGACCAUCUGCAUCAGUGCUAUACCAGGCUAAAUCACAACCUGGUCAUUAUGUAG